UCUGACCGAGCAGAGGUUGGACUGAGCCAUUCUGAACAACAGUAGAAUUUGAGACACAUCACCUGGACAUGUAUGUUUCACUGAGUGGUUUCCUUCAAGAAAAGUGCUUCUGUUCAGGCUGUAGUUUUUUCAUUUGAGGUCUGAAAGUAACAACCGAGAGAGAGAACACGGUUCAGACCAUAGACACGGCACGCGUGGCAGAAGGUGUUCAGAAGAGUUUGAGAAGCCAACACAGGCAACCAGACUAAACCUAAGACAAUGGCACCACGACCAAAGCAAGAAGAUGGAUCUGAGGGAAAGCCAACAGAAACACUUGAUGUUCCCAGAAAGAAGUCUCUCUCCAUGGCCCCUGCUGUUUCCACAGCGGCUCUAAUUGAGGAUGAUCCCUGGGACAUGCCUGAAUUGCAGGACACAGGAGUUAAAUGGGCAGAUCUGGACACCAAAGGGAAGAUCUUGAGAGUUCUAACUAUAGCAGCAAAGCUGAUUCUGCUGCUUGGUUUGCUCUACAUGUUUGUUUGCUCACUGGACAUCCUCAGCUCAGCUUUCCAGCUUGUUGGAGGUAAAGCAGCAGGGGACAUUUUCCAGGAGAAUACAGUGCUAUCGAACCCUCUGGCAGGCCUGGUUAUCGGGAUGCUGGUAACGCUCCUAGUCCAGAGCUCCAGUACUUCCUCAUCUAUUGUGGUCACCAUGGUCUCCUCUGGAUUGCUGGAGGUCUCAACUGCUGUUCCUAUUAUUAUGGGGACUAACAUCGGCACGUCAGUCACAAAUACUUUUGUAGCCAUGACACAAGUUGGCGACAGGAACAAGUUCCGCAGGGCAUUUGCGGGAGCCACCGUGCAUGAUUUCUUUAACUGGCUUUCUGUCCUGGUGCUUUUGCCACUGGAAGUCGCCACAGGUUACCUGGUGAAGCUCACAGAUCUCAUAGUCAAAUCAUUUAAUAUCCAGAGUGGAGAAAAUGCACCAGCCCUUCUGAAUGUUAUCACUGACCCACUCACCCAGUCUAUUAUUGAGCUGGAUGAGACUGUGAUAAGCGGCAUUGCAGUUGGAGACCCUGAAGCCAAAAACAAAUCUCUUAUCAAGGUCUGGUGCCAGACAGCCUCAAACACGACUAUCCAGAAUGUGACAGCAUCGAACUGUAGCAACUUCCCUUGUUGGGAAUUGAAAAAUGUUACAGAAAUUACCAACAUCAAAAAAUGCAAUCACAUCUUUGUUAACACAAACCUUUCUGACCUGGCGGUGGGUCUGAUUCUACUGGCUUGUUCUCUGCUCAUCCUGUGCACUUGCCUCAUUUUAAUCGUGAAACUGCUCAACUCGAUGCUCAAGGGCCAGGUUGCUGUUGUCAUCAACAAGAUAAUGAACACUGAUUUUCCAUUUCCAUUUGCAUGGCUGACUGGAUACAUUGCAAUUGUGGUUGGCGCAGGAAUGACUUUUAUUGUCCAGAGCAGUUCUGUCUUUACCUCGGCUAUAACUCCUCUUGUUGGUAUUGGUGUUAUAAAACUUGAGAGGGCAUAUCCUCUUUCCCUGGGAUCCAAUAUUGGAACAACUACUACUGCAAUAUUAGCUGCCAUGGCUAGUCCAGUAGAAAAGCUUGGAAAUUCAUUACAGAUCGCCUUGGUUCAUCUCUUCUUCAACCUCUCUGGGAUUGUGCUGUGGUACCCAAUCCCUUUCACACGUCUCCCCAUUCGAAUGGCAAAGGCUCUUGGUCAGCUAACAGCUCAAUACCGUUGGUUUUCGGGCUUUUACAUCAUCGCCUGCUUCUUCGCUUUCCCUCUGCUGGUCUUUGGCCUGUCUUUGGCUGGCUGGCAGGUACUUGUGGGAGUUCUUGUUCCCAUAGUGGCCGUUCUGAUCUUCGUUAUCAUUGUUAACAUUUUACAGAAGCACAAACCUCAGUGGCUUCCUUCUGUUCUUCGUUCUUGGGACUUUCUUCCUCAAUGGGCCCACUCCCUUGAACCAUGGGAUCGAGUAGUUACCAUAAUGGCUGCUCGCUGCUGCUGUUGCUGCAAGUGCUGCAAUGUUACGGAAGAAGACGAAGAGACAGGAACACAAGAAAAUAAAGAUAAUGAAAUCGAAAUGUAUGACAAGCCGACAAUAAGUGUUGAGAUCAAGGAGGCCAAGAAAACAUCAGACAGUUGUGAAAUUCUCAAGGCAACCUCUUUAUAGAGAUAAACAGAAUUACAGGUUAUUACUGGACAUAUCCAACUCAAACUGGUUUUGAUUUUUAACACCUGGAGUU